AUGUAUUUCUCUGUCAUUGGAGAUCUCUCAAAGAAGUGGGAUGACCACUUGUCAGGUGGGGAUUCCUUUCAGUUUCCUUACCUGGUAUCUUUUGCUACCCUCAGGAUGCCCGACGCUGACUUUACUGUCCGAGACGUCAAACUCCUAGUGGGGAGCCGGCGACUGGUGGACGUGAUGGAUGUCAACAGCCAGAAGGGCACGGAGAUGAGUAUGUCCCAGUUCGUGCGCUACUAUGAGAUGCCUGAAAGCCAGCGGGAGAAGUUGUACAAUGUCAUCAGCCUCGAGUUCAGCCACACCAAGCUGGAGAACCUGGUCAAGCGUCCCAAUGUGAUCGACUUGGUGGAUUGGGUAGACAACAUGUGGCCCCAGCACCUGAAAGAGAAGCAGACGGAGUCCACCAAUCUCAUUGCAGAGAUGAAGUACCCCAAGGUUAAGAAGUCAGGUAGCAGAUCGGAGAUUCCAACCCAGGUCCUCCCAAUCCACGUCCAUCACUUGUAAGGAUGCCUGUUUAGCUGACGUCUUUU